CAUCCCCUUCGUUUCCGCAUACGGCGGAUUCACACGUACAACCACUGCCACUACUUCCUCUCGGAUCAAUCUGUUGAGCUGUAUCGAUGUGAUUCCACAUUUCUUUUGAUAUGCUAAUCCAAAUGGUCAACAGUGGUCUUUGCUGGAGCUGAACGAGCGCACGCGCGGGAGAGAGUGAGAGAGAGAGAGAGAGAGAGAGAGAGAGAGAGAGAGAGAGAGAGAGAGAUCCAUCAGAUGUUCAUCAGAUUCACUUUCGCUCUUCGCCAUCAUUCCUCCUGUGCGUUUUGUUGAUCGUUGUCUUCCCCUCCGUCGGCCGGGUUUGUGACACCUUUGCGGCUUUCGGAUGUUGUGAUCCGGGAGAAUAUGUGAAGAUCAUGCGGGCGGUGUGGUGCUUCAUGGUCUUUGCUGCAGUGGGGGAGAGGCUCGCGGUCUCAGGUGUGGAAAGCAUCCCGAAUGAAGGCCUCUGGGACUGGUUCACUCCGGCGGGGCAGUCGGGCGGGGGGGACACUGCCACCGAGGUCACCCAUCCAAAGAGGCUGGUGCAGCAGAUUGAGUCGUCGGAGGAAAUGGCUCAUGACCACCUGGAUACCAGGGUGAAGAACAGCACCAGGAACACUUUGGCUGUGCACUUGGCCCAGAGCAGUUUCCAAGUGGAAGCCUUUGGACACACCUUCACCCUGGACCUGGAGCUAAACCAUCACCUCUUGUCUUCAGAAUAUGUGGAACGGCACUUUAAGCAGAAUGGCAGACCCUCGCAGUCCGUGGGAGGGGAGCACUGCUACUACCAGGGUCGGGUAAGAGGUUUGCCGGAGUCCUGGGCGGCUCUCUCCACCUGCCACGGCCUGUGCGGCAUGUUCUCUGAUGGCUUCUUCUCUUAUGGGAUUGAGCCUGUUCACAACGGGAGCAAACAGGCUGAUGGCGCUCACUUAAUCCGCAGAAUGCCUGAUAUCAGACUUUCCCCCCACUGCCCAGACUGUCCACAGGAUGAUGAGUGGGAUAGCAGAGGAGGUGAUGGUGGUGACGACGGACCGGACCAAGUGAGGGAGCAGCAGGUGUCUGGUGGGCUAAAGCGAUCCAAGAGAUAUGUUCGCAGACCCUCCGUGCAGACCGAGACCAAAUAUAUUGAGCUGAUGGUGGUCAACGACAAUGAAAUGUUUAUACAGCUGCGUCGCUCCAGCAGCCAAACCAAGAACUUUGCCAAAGCAGUGGUCAACAUGGCAGAUGCGAUCUACAAGGAACAGUUGAACACGAGGAUCGUGCUGGUUGCUAUGGAGACCUGGACGUCUAAAAAUAUGAUGCCACUGGUAGAAGAUCCGUUGAUAACGCUGCAGAACUUCAUGAAAUACAGGAAGGACAACAUCAAAGAUCAGAGUGACCUCAUCCAACUUUUCUCAGGGCGCACAUUUCACAGCAGCCGCAGUGGGACGGCCUACACAGGAGGGGUCUGCUCUCUGACGAGGGGGGGAGGCAUCAACGAGUAUGGGAACGUGGGAGCCAUGGCCAUCACUUUGUGCCAGAGUCUGGGCCAGAACAUCGGCAUGAGGUGGAACAACGCACGCAACUCCGCAGGAGACUGCCGGUGCCCAGACGCCUGGUUAGGCUGCAUCAUGGAAGACACGGGAUACUAUCUGCCCAGAAAGUUUUCUCGCUGCAGUGUCGAUGAGUACACCCAGUUCUUGCUCCAGGGGGGCGGGAGCUGCCUCUUCAAUAAGCCAAACAAGCUGUUGGACCCUCCGGAGUGUGGGAACGGCUUUGUGGAGCCUGGGGAAGAAUGUGACUGUGGGUCCCAGGUGGAGUGCGCUCGUAGCGGAGGAGCCUGUUGUAAGAAGUGCACACUCACCCACGACGCCAUGUGCAGUAACGGACUCUGCUGCAGUAGCUGCAAGUACGAGCGGAGAGGCGCCGUAUGUCGUCAGGCUGUGAACGACUGCGAUAUCCCGGAGAACUGCACCGGAGACUCCAGCCAGUGUCCUCAUAAUGUGCACAAGCUAGACGGCUACAUGUGCGAUACUAAUCAGGGUCGCUGUUACGGCGGACGAUGCAGGACUCGUGAUGGACAGUGCAAAGGCCUCUGGGGUUACAAUUCAGCAGACAGGUUCUGUUAUGAGAAGCUGAACGCUGAGGGGACGGAGAAAGGGAACUGUGGUCCGGGUCCUGAAGGCCAAGGAUGGCUGCAGUGCAACAAACCGGACGUCUUAUGUGGCUUCCUGUUCUGUGCCAAUGUGACGACAAAACCAAAGUUUGGAGACCUGCAGGGUGAGGUGACCAGCUUCACCCUCUACCACCAAAACAAAUACCUGGACUGCAGAGGCGGCCAUGCUCUGCUGGAGGACGGUUCCGACCUGGGCUACGUGGAGGAGGGCACUCCUUGUGGGCCCAACAUGAUGUGUUUGGAGCGACGCUGCCUCCCUGUGGCGGCGUUCAAUCUCAGCAGCUGUUCAGGAUCCAACUACGGGCGCAUUUGUUCCGACCACGGGACCUGCAGUAACGAGGUGAAGUGCAUCUGUGACAGAGACUACACGGGGAAAGACUGCAGCGUGUUUGAUCCCAUCCCUGAGCCGACAGUCCCGACCGGCCCGGAGAAGAAAGGAACAUUCGGAGAGGAAGAUCUGGUGGGGGAUGAGAUGUCUGUGUGUCUUUCUGUCCCUCUGUCCUGUCUACUCCUGCACUCCUCCACCGUUUCCACAUCAAGGAAGAGGGGAACACAAAGUCUUCCACUCCCGUCCACUAAACUUCUCCAAGCCUCUUCCGAUUAUCGUUUCCCCCUCGUCCCCGUCUGAUCCUGUGGCUCCGUCCUCCUUCGGGGCUCCUCUCACUGUACCAGCCGUAUCACACUCGUGUGGCUUCUUCCAGCAGGCCGCUGAGGACUGUGUGGGACGCUUAGAGCGAUCAGCUGGCUCUCUCUGUGGGAGACACCGGGAUCUUCCUGCGGCCCAGUGGCUCAGAGAAUGUGAUCCGGUGUGUGUGUGUGUGUGUGUGUGUGUGCGUGUGUGUGUGUGUGUGUGCGUCCUUCCUUUACUCUCAUCUUGAACAGUGUGAUGGUGAACAUAUCAACGGUGGACCAUUUUCAUAUGAGACACGUCUUUCCAAUGCCGGACUAAAACCGGCCAGCAACUGAGUCCACGGGCCAAAUGUUGGACAAUCGCACAGACUGGCCAUUUGUUUAUUAAACUGAAAUGAAGUAAACAACAGGAGGGGAAUAGUUCUUACAGGAGAAGGACCUGAGACUCUCCACCUCCAAGACCAGGUCUGGACAAAGUGGACAAUUAUCUGUUUUAAUGUGCAAGUUUGGCAACGUGGACAACUGAAUAGAUAUAUUGGACUGUUGUUUUCCACAAAGAGUCUGAGGAAGCACUAUUGAUCAUAUCAACAAUGACUAAACGCCCAGUCUGCCAUCAGCCGGAGCCCUGCCUGAUAACCGAGUUCAUGUACAGUGUCAUCUGCCCUUUUAACACGAGACCUCCUACUCGUCGCCCCCCCCCACACUCUCAAGUUUCAGGUACCAGAAGGGAAGCUAGGUGUUAUGGUUUUGGGAUCAUUUCGAACAAUUGAACUUUAAAGCCGCAGAGACUGUAACUUAGUGGCGCCGACCACAGACUGACCAACGGACAUUCCACGACAUCUGUCUGUGUGCCUGCUCACCAAUUCCAGGCCAGAUGUGUGAAUGUACGCGUGCGAGAGAUUUUUAAAAAGAAGACGAAUGUAUGCGUGUUACAGCCGUUGUGUCCGUGCACACUAAUAACACGACUGGUGUGCUGAGUAGGAUGCCAGGUUUUUACCUCCAGAACAUCUUCUCUUUCUACAAACUGUUGUUUACUGCAGCCACGGCAGCACAUUUAUCAAUGAAUCCAACAGUUUUAAUGUCGUGUAUCUUCAAAAAACGAGCACUUAGCCAAACUGUAUGCACACCAAUAUGUAAAUAUGUGCAAGAUGUACCGAAUGUUCAAUGCACCGUAGGAAGAUUUAUUGAAAAAGCUAUGUUAAGAAUAAUCAGAUGUAUCCGUUUCAAGUUGUCAGUCUCCCGACUGACCCCGCGUCUGCAAAUCUCCCCUCUAGUCGACCCUGUUUGUGCAUCUUUAAAUGUGGCGUGUGAGCUCAGCUAGCUGUCACACUUCUCUCAUCAUUCCAGCCAUCUCUCAAAUGUGAUGAACCUUUUGUACAUUUGUUGAUAUCCUUCCGCCCCGGGUGAACGCCUCAGGCCAGAGGCUUUGUAAUGAUCCCCACUGUAAAUGAGAUUAAAGAGACGUAGUCUUGGGUCCGGGAGGCGGCCUGUCUGAAACGUGUGAGAGGUCCGUUUGGGUCGGUUGAGCUUUGCACUGCGGCAGAUGCACUAUUGUGAUUAUUACAAUAUGUACAGAGAUUGUAACAAUCAAUUUGAUGAAGAUCAUCGAAAAAAAAGCAAAAUUAAGAUGCAUUGUAUGCCGUAUUUUUAGACACUUUUUGAAUGUAGAUGAAGAGAGAAAUUAACUAAGGCUUGUAGUUGAUUUGAAAUGGAAAUAAAAUUCUCGCUACGUUACUC